AUGGACAAAGACGCCAUCGAGCGACUCGGUCGGCAGCGACCCGAGCUGCUCAAGAACGCCUUUGCCGAGAUCGGCUUUGUCUCGGCCAUUGUGCUCAGCAUGAUGAUGUGCGAGUAUUUCGUGAGCGGCUUCAACAUUGUCCUCCCGGCCAUCUCGGAGGCGCUCCACAUCCCCGAGUCCAUCCGGACCUGGCCGGCCGGGGUGCCGAACCUGACGACGGCCGCCUUCCUCUUACCCUGUGCCCGCCUCAGCGACCAGUACGGCGCCCGCGUCGUGUUCCUCGCGGGCCACGCCUGGCUGCUGGUGUGGUCCAUCGUUGCCGGCUUCAGUGUAAGCCCGGACAUGAUGAUUGCGUGCCGGGCACUCCAGGGCCUCGGCGCCGCGGCCUUCAUGCCGGCCGGUAUUGCCCUUCUGGGUCAGACGUACCGGCCGGGGCCCCGCAAGAACUUCGUCUUUGCCAUCUACGGCGCCUGUGCCUGUUUUGGCUUCUACUUUGGCAUCAUCAUCGGCGGCAUUGGCGGCCAGCUGCUCACAUGGGGCUGGUAUUUCUGGAUCGGUGCCAUCUUUGUCGCCAUUGUCUUCAUACUGGGCAUCACCACAAUCCCCAGGGCACUGUCACUGGGGACUCCUGGCGUGACGAUGGACUGGCUCGGCACGGCCACCAUCGUGCCAGGCCUGGUACUGGUCGUUUUCGCGCUGACGGAUGGCGGGCACGCGCCGCAGGGCUGGGCCACGCCGUAUGUGUACAUCACCUUUGUUAUCGGGGCCCUGCUCCUCAUCGUGUCGGUGUACAUUGAGGGUUGGGUGGCCAAGCAACCCCUCAUUCCGCCGGAACUGUUCAAGCCAAAGUACAUGAAGCGACUGUGCCUGGCGCUGUUGCUCGCGUAUGGAGUGUUUGGCUUGUUCCUCUUCUAUGCCAGCUUUUACAUCGAAACAGUCCUCCAGGCCACUCCCCUCCAAACAGCGGCAUGGUUCACGCCGCUCGCCGUCGGCGGCAUGAUCCUCGCCAUCAGCGGUGGUUUCGUCAUGCACUUGCUUUCGGGACGGAUCCUACUCAUUAUCUCCGGCCUGGGCUUUACAGUCUCGUGUCUGCUCUUCGCGCUGAUCCCCGAGCGCACCCCGUCCGGGCCCGGCGGAAGUGGGAGCGACGGCGAGCUGCAGCCCUCGGUCGACUUCAUCUACUGGGCGUACAUUUUCUCGGCCAUGGUGACGGGCACCAUCGGCGUCGACAUCACGUUCAACGUGACCAACGUCUUCAUCACGACCGCCGUGCCGUGGAAGCUCCAGGCCACCGCGGGGGCCGUCAUCAACUCGCUCCUGUACCUGGGCAUCGCGCUGUGGCUGGGCGUCGCGGAGCUCGCGGUCGCCCUGUCGAACAGCGCGUACGCCAGCCGCCAGGGCGGCGGCGGCGCGGAGAUGCCCCUCAGGGAGCAGUACCAGAUCGGCUUCUGGAUCGGCGUGGCGCUCGGCGGCCUCGCCACGCUGCUCUUCCUGAGCGUGGAUAUCGGGCAGGCCGCCGCCGAGCUGACGGCCGACGAGAAGAUGGCGCAGGCGCUCGAGGAGGAGAGGCAGCAUGCCGAGCUUGAGAGGGCCCAUUCGCGGGCGCAAGAGGAACAGGAUGGUCAGAAGAGGUAA